ACCCGCAGGAUCAUCUGAGACCAGCCACCCGGACGGACAGCUGAUGUGGGGAAAAACUAAUUCUGAUCGUCUGGGCCUGGCUCCCCAGUGGUUGGCUGGUCUCAGAUGAUUAGAGCCUAAUUCAAUUAUUUCAAUUGACUGAUUUCCUUAUAUGAACUGUAACUCAGUAAAAUCGUUGACAUUUAUGCAUGUUGUAUUUAUAUUUUUGUUUAGUAUAUACAUUAUAUUUCAUAUUCCAAAAUAAAUGUCAGUGUGAAAAUAAUUGAAAAGUAAAAUAUUGUUUGACAGGUUUUUCUUGCUUUCGUUUAGUGCUGCUCUGACCAAAGAACACCGGACCAAUGAUAUUCGUCAGUGCAGAAAAGCUCAGGUGAUGGGGGAGUGGAGAGGUGUCAGGUAACAUUAUUCACUCAUGAGUCACUGUUUUUACCUGCCAGUGAAGAACCGGAAGGAUACAGUUUGAGUGGAUUCUACUUACAUUUUUAAGAGAUAAACAUUUAAAAAAUACUAAUCAAAACGCAUUUGCACCUGUGAUGAGGUGAGUGACCAUGGCGCAGCACUAUGAUGGUCUGUCCCACUGUAAGCUGGCCCUGGCGUUUGCCAUACUGAUGGACCUGCUAGGUGUGUCUGCUCUGCUGGUGGGGGUCUUUGCCCCAUUAGAGAUUAAGGGACAGGACUUUGGGGACCUGCUGGUGUACUCUGGGGCUCUACUGAUGCUCAUGUCCCUGGGAGGAUGGGUCAUGUGGUACAGCGGGAACCUUGAGGGCCUGACCUCCAGGAAGGAGCUAGGGGGAACCAUGGGUGCCAUGGACCGGCUGGCCCGCUCCCUCAGCCGCAGGAUACGACUCCCCAGGAGCCACAGCAGCCCCUCAUGAUGCUUCAUGGUCAGGCGUAGGAGAAGGGUGUGGUUGUAGGGGAGGGUCCUCACUGUCUCCAUUAGACUAUUGGCCCCUGAUAGUCAAACUGCCUGGGAGUCUGGGAGCGGUAUUGUUAGCAUUGAGGGAGUGCAAUUAAAUGAACCAGGCUAUGGCCCGUGAUGUGAACGGGCAAAAGCGGGGUUGGGAGGAGCACCCUUCUCAAAUCAAACAGUAAUCUGUGCCGUUCGUUCAUGUUGUCAUCAAGGCAGCAUAUGUUCACAUUUUCAAACUAGUUUGAAGGCAGAUAAAGCCUUUUUAUCAAAAAGCAAUCAUUUGUGUAUGUAAAAACCCAGAAUCCUACUCACUAUUCCAUGUGAUUAACCUGUCACUUUUUUUUGGAGGAGCUGACUUCACCGUCGGCCAAAACGGGGCACUGGGCUCACGACCGGGAGGGAGCCGUUUCCAAAACUAAUGUAAUCAACUCUAACCCGCUUCACCUGGGGCAGGAAUAAGAUUCCAUAUUUAAAGAGACAUUUUUUAUAGAACUCCCUCAUUCUUUAACCCAAGUUCCACCGCCUCCACGGUUGGAAGAGACUUACAUACUGCUAGUUCACUAGUGUCAAUUGCAAGAUGUAAAAACAGUCGGUUAUUGCUUUUUAUUGUGACUUGACCUUUGCUAAAACACCUCUGGUAGAUAACAGAAUUGUACACUGUCUGAAUAGGAUUUUAAACGAUCAAGCAUGGAGGCUAUUCAUAGUUCACUUGGUUGGUUUGUUUAGGCUUGAAUCUGUACAGAAUUGGUCUUUAUAUUCAUAAUAAUCCAUGUGUUGUGGUUUUCUUUGAAUCAUAAUAGGGUUUUUGUAUUAAAUUAUAAAAUUGUAUUAAAACUAUAAAAUAACCUAC